AUGGGGAUGGCACGAAAACAACUACUAGUACGCGUCUCGGACACACCGGAGGUAUCCCAAAGUACUAAAAGGUGCAUAGAACAAGUGGCACAUACAUGUGAACUUAAAGCUGUAGCUUGCGAGAAUUACAGCGAAAUCGGUACUCUUAUGGGCUUUGAAAACACCAAACACCAAUUAGCGGUUGCCUGUAUGCUGCAUUGGCUUCUACAACCGGUUGGAGAAAGCGAAGUUCGGGUUUUUGCGAUUGACUUAUCCAUGGAGACGUGCUUCUCGCUCGUGGAGUUACUGAAAUGUGAAAAGACUGCGCUAGAGUCACCCAAGUCUGGUAUCGUCAAGGUUUUGAACGCAGAGGAGUUUGUCCAGGCGGUGCUGGCCAAAAAUGAUAAACUGGAUCGCACAGUACAAAUUGUGGACUGCCGCGAACCACUUCAGUAUUUGGGCCUAGCUAACGACAACGAGGUAUCAGGACAUCUUAAUGGUGCAGUAAACGUGCCGUUCGCAAAUAUUUUUACUGCAAGUAGAAAUCCAGAGGACGCGGACACCGGUGAUCUACCGACGGUCGGCAAAGAAGCGUUUAUGCUAUCUGUAAGCGAGCUGCGGGAUGUGUUUAGAGCAGAUGGCAUUGAUCCAAACAGGCCUAUCGCCCUUGUGUCGAGCAAACCGGAAGAAGCUGCCGCAGUUGCCACUGCAUUAUUACUUGGGGGUCAGCAAGCUGAAAUUACAUUUUGCACAGAGCCACUGACAGACCGGUUUGUUAAGUUAUUUCCUUCUUCGUACACAACCGACCUUUAUGACAAAGGUCAGUUGUUGUACAAAAACGAGCAAGGCGGCUUCGACUUGUCUUCAGAGCUACAUGAGGUUCUUGUUACGGAUGAUGAUAAGAAGAUCAGAAUAAAGCUUGAAAAGGCCUAUAACGGAUACAACAGCGGAAAGGCAAGCAUGAAACGAGAAGAUAUGACUCAAAAUUUAGUUGACAAAGAAGAGAUUGUGUGGGUUGAAGACGGUCGUCGCUACUUUGAUAUGCCAUCACCAAUUAGUAAAGUCGAAUUCUUGGACGUGUCACGCACAAUCUUUCGCGUUGUCUCGUUCGUACUGGCACCUUUUGGAUUCCCUGACUCCCUACAUGAGAAACGCUCGCUGCAGGAGGUGAAAACACAAUGCGGGUCGCUUUUUCAAGACGUUCUUGAAGUGUGUUCUGAUCUUAUUUAUCAGGAGAAAGGGCUUAAUGAAGGCGCGAUGGCUAUGAGCGUCCAUAAAUGGGUAGAGGAAAACCAUGACCGCGAUUGCACCUCUUGUAUCAAAGCUAUUAACGAAUUGUGGGAUGUUCUGUACACACCGCCAUCUGUACUUGAAGUGCCAGACCUCACUGAGGAUCAAAUAGUGGCGCUAGCAACGAAUCUUGAACAGAAAAUGCUUGAGCUGGUGAACAAACGAGCGCCCUGGGCGUUUGAAAGUGUUUGUGACGAAAAAGAGAUAAGAGACGAUGAGAUUGAGCUUGAUUGUGACGAUACAUUGAAAAUUAUCGAAGAGAACGAAAAGCGAAUGAAAGAGCAGAAUGAGAUGGACACGAAGGAGAACAACGUCGAUUUUGACGAGGAAGGGAGAAGUCACAAAGCUAGGUCAGUCAAUGAAGACACGGUAGUCGCCGGUAAGACGGAUAUCAGCGCGGAGGUGGUUAGUGAUAAAAAUAUCACGUCGAGGCAGCAUAAUAUUAGCAAUGUAAAAGCUGAUACGAAGAAAACGACACAGACUACAAACGUGGAAACGAAUAGCAAAAAUAAUGCCAAUGCUGGUCAGAAACGGAAUAAAGGCUGGGAUUGUAUGUAUUUAGUUGUGGUUUACGCGUUGGGUUAUAUCCCGCGGAACUUGAAUGCUAGGCAGAAGAAACUGAGUUCACUUCAGAUCAAGUCAUUUAUUCAGGCUGUUGCAGAAGCUUCUUGGGAGGUUAUAAAAACCGAACCGAGCGAGCUCAGCCAGAUUGAGUUUCAGGCGCUGUGCGAGACGCUGCAUGACAAAAAACAAGAGCAAUACUCUAAGACGGGAAAGACCCUCUAUGUUCUCGAACACUUUCUCAAUCGGUCCUUGAAGAAGGACGAAAUUCUUGUGGAUGAAUUGGCAGGUGUUCGUGAGGCUAUAUUCGACGGUGACAUUUCUCGACGGUCAGGGCGUUACCAAAUAGCGCUUGCAGCCUACUCCAAAUCAUUUGAAUUUCUUCCUCUGUACCACAAGGAUUUGGAGAACGCAAUGAUUGGCCGUGCUAGGUGUUUCAUUGAUAUGAACGAGCUGGGUCGUGCAAAAACUGAAGCCUUGAUCGCACUCAAACUCAACCCGUACAGCGUCGGUGCAUACGAGUGUCUAGGAAGCGUCGAGGACAAAAGCGAGCACCCUGAAGCAGCGAUGCAGCACUACGUGUCAUCCUUUAUUCUUGACGGUUCACGUUCAGCGGAUCUCGCUGAAUCCAUUGAUCGUACAUCGCGCCGGGUUGGUCGAGGUGUCGCAAAAGCAUUGUUUGCCAAAAUCGAAAAGGUUCAUGAGAUGCCGUCUGCGUGGCUAGUUGAGAGCUACUUUGAGUCAUUCGAGCAUGACGCCGAUUACACCACGCAUGUUUCAAUCGAUAUUGCAGAAAAGGAAGAAGUCGUGCUAAGCAAACUAGGCGCACGUACGCUACUCCAUCGCGCAAUUUACAAUAAACGUCGUAAAAUGUAUGGUGCAGCACAAAGAGACAUCUGGACGGUCGUUGCCAAGGACAUGGCAAGUGAGGAUCUGACGACGGAGGAGCGCGCGGUGGCACUAAACCUGUAUGCAUCACUGUUGUAUGUAGCGGGUGACGUCCACACUGCAAUUGAGGUCAUAAAUGAGAGCCUGAAACUGCAGCAGACGCUGGUGAACUCGUUGAUAAAAAAGGGUGGAUUUUUGGCAGAAAUCGGUGAAAAGGACGAAGCCAUUUUAUGUUUUUCUAAAGCAAUGGAGCUGGAUCCAAAUGAAGCCGACGUGCAUUUACACUUUGGGCAAAUGAAACUCCUAGAUGGCAAUUUUCACGAGGCUGUGCAGUGUCUACGCCGCUGCAUUUCGCGAUCAGACGCCCUUCCAAUGACCCAUGUGGUUUAUGGCAUGGCACUUUAUAAGAGUGGUUCAACGCACCAAGCCAAGGACGUUUUUGAUGAAGCGUCAAAAAAGUUUCCGGGGUCUGCGGAAGUACAUUUGUUUUAUGGCGAAGUUCUGGCGGACCAGGGAAACUACGCUAACGCCAUGCGCCACUUCUUGACAGCGUGGAAGCUAUCACCGCAAUGUCCUCUGCCAUUUUUAAAUGCUGGUCGCGUUUAUGUGAGCACGAACGAUCCGCUGCGUGCGAUUGUGCACUUCAAACAGGCUCUUAAAGUUGAUCCUCGUUGCAGCUCGGCACACUUGGACAUUGCCCAAAUACUCUUCGCCCAAGGCCGUACGGAUGAGGCAUUCGAACACUUUGAAAUGGCCGCAUCCUGCUGUCGCUUUCUUCCCGAGGUGGAGGAAGUUUGUGCGUGUCAGGAAAUGGCCAAGAUGCAGCUUAAAGUUACGGAGAUUCUUGGUGUUGAGCUGCGUCACAUUAUGCGCAGCAAGUAA